AUGCUCUGCUUCAGCAUUGAGUCACAGCGAGGCACAGUUAGGGUCAUCUGUCAGCCCCCGCGCUCCGGCAGCACAGUGGUGAAAGGAUGUGGGAGGUCUACGCUGGAGAGAGGGAGCUCGCUUAAGAACCUGGGCGCCGUCAAGAGUUAUGGUAGCCCACCUGUGACCAUGAGCCGGAGGCCGUACGCAGGAGCAUAUUGCAAGUGGAGGACAGCGGAGCCAAAAGACAGAAGGACCCUGAGACACUACCGCUUCUGGGGAGUUGCCGCACCAGCCCUGGGCUGUCUACCUCCAUACUUCUUACUCUGA